GGGCGGCGCCGGCAUUGUGCGUCACCACCUGGGAGGGGCAAACCGACCGCUGACGGCAUCACCCCGGCACCUGCCAACAUGGAAGGUGGUGACGGCGGCGUCGCUGUAGCUGGACAAGGGGCUCUGGGUUCUGGGGCGGCGACAGCGGCAGUCCGGGAGCUUCUGCAGGACGAGUGUUAUAGUGAUUUUUUAAAUGAAGACUUUGAUGUAAAGACUUAUACUUCCCAGUCAAUUCAUCAGGCUGUAAUUGCUGAACAACUAGCAAAACUUGCCCAAGGAAUCAGUCAGUUGGAUAAAGAACUACACCUACAGGUUGUUGCAAGACAUGAAGAUUUACUAGCACAAGCAACUGGGAUUGAGUCUUUGGAAGGUGUUCUUCAGAUGAUGCAGACAAGAAUUGGAGCUUUACAGGGAGCUGUUGAUAGGAUGAAAGCAAAAAUCGUGGAACCAUACAAUAAAAUAGUAGCCAGGACUGCACAACUCGCAAGACUUCAGGUUGCCUGUGAUUUGCUUCGGAGAAUAAUUCGCAUCUUAUAUCUCACUAAGAGACUCCAAGGACAACUGCAAGGGGGGAGUAGAGAGAUAACAAAAGCUGCUCAGAGUCUUAAUGAACUUGAUUAUCUUUCUCAAGGAAUAGAUCUUUCUGGAAUAGAAGUAAUAGAAAAUGAUCUACUUUUCAUUGCAAGAGCUCGACUUGAAGUGGAAAAUCAAGCUAAGCGCCUACUGGAACAGGGUGUAGAGACGCAGAAUCCAACCCAAGUCGGAACAGCUCUUCAGGUUUUCCAUAAUCUUGGAACUUUGAAGGAUACGAUUACCAAUGUUGUGGAUGGAUAUUGUGCUACUUUAGAAGAACAUAUCAACAGUGCGUUAGACAUCAAAGUUCUGACUCAGCCUUCGCAGUCAGCUGUGAGAGGGGGACCUGGACGAUCUACUUUGCCAACCCCAGGAAACACUGCAGCUUUUCGUGCUUCCCUCUGGACCAAUAUGGAGAAACUUAUAGAUCAUAUUUGUACUGUUUGUGGACAGGUACAACAUCUACAAAAAAUAUUAGCCAAGAAGAGAGAUCCUGUUUCUCAUAUUUGUUUCAUUGAAGAAAUAGUUAAGGAUGGACAAUCUGAAAUUUUGUACACUUUUUGGAAUUCAAUUACUCAAGCACUUUCUUCUCAAUUUCGCAUGGCAACAGAUUCUUCUAUGUUUUUGAAACAGGCAUUCGAAGGAGAAUACCCUAAAUUAUUACGUCUUUAUAAUGACUUAUGGAAGCGUCUUCAACAAUACAGCCAAAAUAUUCAAGGAAAGUUUAAUGCGAGUGGAACUACAGACCUCUGUGUUGACCUACAACACAUGGAAGAUGAUACACAAGACAUAUUCAUACCAAAAAAGCCAGAUUAUGACCCAGAAAAGGCUUUGAAAGACUCACUGCAACCCUAUGAAGCUGCUUAUUUAUCGAAAUCUUUAUCUCGACUCUUUGAUCCUAUCAACUUGGUUUUUCCCCCUGGUGGUCGCAAUCCUCCUUCCGCAGAUGAACUUGAAGGUAUCAUUAAAACUAUAGCAAGUGAACUAAAUGUAGCUGCGGUAGAUGCAGACCUCACAUUAGCCGUGUCAAAAAAUGUGGCAAAGACCGUCCAGUUAUAUGGUGUAAAAUCGGAGCAGCUUACAAUCCAUGCUCUUAUGGGAAGCGCUGUACAGCCCUUACUGACUUCAGUGGGAGAUGCCAUAGAGGCGAUAAUCAUCACUAUGCAUCAAGAAGAUUUUUCUGGGUCACUAUCCAGCUCAGGAAAGCCUGAUGGUCCUUGUUCUCUGUACAUGAAGGAGCUUCAGGGUUUCAUUGCCAGAGUUAUGAGUGACUACUUUAAACACUUUGAAUGCUUGGAUUUUGUCUUUGACAACACUGAAGCUAUCGCCCAAAGAGCAAUUGAACUUUUUAUCCGCAAUGCCAGUCUCAUAAGACCUCUUGGUGAAGGUGGGAAAGUACGACUUGCUGCUGAUUUUGCUCAGAUGGAGUUGGCUGUGGGUCCAUUCUGCAGAAGAGUAUCUGAUCUAGGAAAGUCCUAUCGAAUGCUGAGGUCAUUCAGGUGAGACACUGUUCUAUUAUUGCAGUUGAUAUAUCCAUAUCCUAUUAGCAGAUAAAUCCUUUCCCCACUAUUCAUUUUGAGCUAUAUGAAAUUGCCAAUAUUCAACCGUUUUGUGACCUAUAACAAUGGCAGUUUCAUAUGGUUUAUCUUAAAAGUUAUUAUUCAAACCAGAAACCCAUACAGAAUUAUAUGCAAUGAUGUGUGUGUGUGUGUGUGUGUGUGUGUGAUUCUUGAGUUAAAAUUCACAAGACUGAGCUGAUAAAUUUUAUUAUGCUCUUUCUGAGGGGAAUUUUUU